UUCCAUGAACUAUGACUCGACACUUUUCUCUUAUAAGUCAUCUUGCAUACAGAAAAUAACCUGCGUUAAGAUUGCAACAUUUGCAAAAUAGGCGAGUGGGAAGAAGACAACGAGUUUAAAUCAGGUGAAGUGCAAACAUGACAAGACAGCCAUACUCCAACUUAAUGAAUGAGAUGAUGGAUGAAGAUGCAAAAGCUGAUACCCCUGAAGUAAAGACUAGCCAGCUGCAACAACAAAUGCAACCCCAUCAAGUGGACAGACCUGCAGCUGCAUACGUAAAGGGGCCCACCACUGUCCAGUCAAUCAAUCCAAACUCAAUCGAUGGCGAUAACAGACCCAGAUGGGCUCACAAGUGCGCGAUGAUUCUGAGUAUCAUUAUAAUGAUUUCUGGCGGGAUUAUGCUCAACAUGAACAUAGCAAGCUUUGCCAUGGGGAUCAGAUUCCCUUUGCCGGCAGCAGGAAUUUGGGGUGGCUUGGCAAUAAUUGUUAUAGGUGGAAUCGGUGUUUGUGCAUCAACGAGAAAGUCAAAGUGCCUGAUCAUCUCUGUUAUGGUCCUUACUAUAAUACUGGCUGUAGUGAGCAUCAUACUCUGUGCGUUUCAGAUCAUAUAUACAUUGGCUAACAUUCCUUUCGAAUUUCGGGCUAAUGUAAUCCUUCGAUUCACUAUCAGUAUAGUGAUUGCGAUUUGCUUUUUGGUGGCGAUUGUCUCUGCUAUUGUUAUGUCUGCCUUGACCUGUCGUGCAGUGUGCUGUCAACCCGCUUCCCAUAUGGUUCAGGUUGGGUAUAUACCCCAAAACAACUUGGCUCCUGCCCCUGCAAUGUUAAUGGCCCAAGGAGGACAUAAGGAGGCUAUAUUGGCUACAUCACAAGUCUAGGUACAGCCUAAGUGUAUUCAGAAGCAAGGGUUGAUGCAGCCCUAGAAUACAACCCCCCCCCCCGAAGGGCAACUCCCAAUAAAUGGACUGGAUCCAUUACAAUAAACAGCUUCAGCAAACAUUUUAUAGACAUGCAACAUAAUAAGAGAAACCCUUUAUUAAUCACAUGUUAUCCAAGAAUACAGCCACCAUAGCAAUUCUCCCAAAUACAGACUGGACCAAUGGACCAGCCCAUUGCAAUGAACAGCUUCAACAGACAUUUUAAAGAAUUUUGAAAAUGUCCGCCUUUUAGCCAAAGUGUCAUAGAACAGUGUGUGCCAUGCUUAUGCAAAUUUACAUAUCAAUUAUGAACAAAAUCACUCCACU